GUGGUUCUCUUCACUUCCUGUAAAAUUACGCUCAACAGAAACAGCUACAUGUGAAACACAGACAAAAACCUGUGGACACUAUUUCAGAAGAGUGACAAAAUGGAAGGCAUAUUUAACCACCCAUGAAGUACUUGCAACUCAGAGAUGGAGUAGUAGAUUUGCGACACUGUAACAGCCAGAGGAGCUGCCAUGGACGCCCUGGCUGUCAGUGAAACACUUCUCUCCCCAGUGACAAACUUUGAAGAAAAAGCAGAGAUCAGAGCCGAGAAACACGAACACCUUCGAGGACGCAACAACGUGACUUCAUGCCGGAGUCCCACGAGAGAAUUCGACACAAAACUGAUAAAGAAUAAUCUUAAAGAAAAGAGACAACAGGAGUUUCUGAGAAGGAGAUCUGUGAGCCCAGACCUGUGUGGUUCAAAGUCUGCAAAGAGAGAAAAAAGAAAAAAAGCUACACCAAGGACAUUUUCAAUGAAACAUCACACUUCAGUCAGCAAGUCAGAGACACUGCAUACAAAUUUCCAAAGCAGUCCCACUGCUAACGGACAUCCAGUCAUGAUUUUAACACCAAACAGCAGCAUGAGUGAAGUUCCGAGCACCAGCACAUGGGCUGCAAUGUGGUCAGAGCAGGUAACACUGACAAAUGAGGAGAAAGGCCAGAGGCUAACACCCACCUCUAAACCAGACACAAACCUGCACAGGAUGAAAAGCAAAAGAGACAACAGAGUGAAUGCUCAAAAGACAAGCGUCAAAACAACAAUCCAAACUGAGAGGAUUCACCAAAGACUCACCCAGAAAAAUGAAAACAUUCUCCACACAAAGGCUCAGCGAGAGGCUAGUGUGCAGACGGAAUCUGGGUUUGUCACUAUCAAGGAAUCAGAUGUCCAUCAGUUAGCCGACUACUUGCAGGAGGCUCUGUGGAGAGAGGAGGCUGUGAAGAAGAAGCUUGCAGCUCUGCAGGAGAGCACAACAAACCUCUUGAACUCUUCCAACAAAAUAUGGACUGCUCGCUGCAGUGAAGACUUACUGAAAAACAAGAUCAAGGCUCUGGAGGCGCAGCUGCAAGUCUGUCUGCAGAAGUUUCCAAAGGAUGGAUUGAAGAAACUGGUGCUGCAGAUGGAGAAGCAGAAGCUGGUGUAUGAGGAGAAGGCGCUGGUCGCACUGCAGAAGGCGACACAGGAGAAAACUGAGGCCCUCAGCAGGGCCGAAAGCCUGCAGGAGGCUCUGAUAACAGUACAGGCUGAGGCUUUGCGCUGGCAGAGUCUCUAUGAGGAGCUGAAGGUGAGCUCUGGGCGGCUCCGGGAGAACCAGAACCACAAGAAUGACAAACUCCAACAACUGCACGACCAGAUGGAGCUGUCAAGGGUCAGAGAGGCGGAGCUGCAGCAGGAGGUGGUGUUGUUAAAACAGGAGAAGAAGGAGCUGCAGUACAACAUGAGUCUGCUGGAGGAGGACAAUGACGUACUGAGAGAGGAGAUUCAGCAGCUCAGAGAUGACGGCAGUGAAAGCCUGGACCUCGUGUUGGAGUCUGAUCGGACGUCAGAACAAGAAGAACCUCGACUGACGCUGAACAGAAACACUCAGGUGGAGGAGCAGCUUCGCGUCACUCUGGAGAAACUACGACUGAAAGAAAAAGAGUGUGAGGAGCUGCAGACAGAGUUGCAUGUCAUGGAGCAGGAGUGUCAGUCCAGUCAGGCCCGGCUGUCGCAGUGCAGGGACGAACUCCGACAACUGAGCCAACGACACAGGAGACCGACGCUGUGUGGCUCCUGGUGGAGGCUCUGGUUGCUCCUCCUCCUCCUCUUCGCUGUGGUCGGUGUUGCCUUGUUGUGGCUCUGGCAUCCUCCAUUCAGGGACCAGGUUGAAGACCUCUACUCAGACAUGCAGAGACGAGUGGAAGACUAUCUGAUGGAAAUGGCCUCUCCUCGACACUCAGGCUGUUUUAGACCCAUAUGAUAAUGUCACUGCCUACCUUUAUUAAAUAUUGUGUUGUUGCUGCAUUUGUUUUGAUAUUUUUAGGCUGUUUUUCUAUUUUAAAUGAUAAUGUGAAAGACAUUAGUUGCUGGAACUCGAAGUGUGUGCGAUGUGAGGUGACAUUGUGAUGCUAUUGUCGUGCAGGAUGUACUGUACAUGUUUACAGUGACUUACAAUACAAUGUGUGAAAACA